GGCACAGGAGUGUGUCUGCCCGCCCCUUGGGGCUGGAGGUCACCUCCCUUAGCUGCUCCCUAGCUUCCCUCGGGCGGGCGGAGCGUUCCCCGAGCACGGUUGGGUUUCACUGUGCCACCGUCUCUCAUCUGGCUUUCAAUAAAGUUUCCCCUUCCUCCCCUUGCACGGAGCGCAAGAUGGCGGCCUCCCGGUCGCCCUUGGCCGUCCUGCGCGCCCUGGCGCGGACCCCGCGGAGUGGGGCUCGCGUGGGGUGCGGGGCCCGGGCCGCCGUCCCGGGGAGGCCCCUCUGGAAAGCCUACACAGUUCAGACACUUGACAGUGUGACCCGAACUGCUGCUUCUGAGGCCUAUUUGAAAGCUUUGGCUGUUUGCCAUGGACCUCUGGACCACUAUGACUUUCUGAUCAAAGCUCAUGAGCUGAAGGACGAUGAACAUCAAAGAAGAGUCAUACAGUGUUUGCAGAAAUUGCAUGAGGACCUUGAAAGAUACAGUGCAGAGGCGGAAGGCUUUCUUUCAAAGCUUUUUUCAAGGAGCAAGCCUCCAAGGGGCCUGUAUGUUUAUGGAGAUGUUGGUACAGGGAAAACAAUGGUGAUGGAUAUAUUUUAUGCUUAUGUGGAAAUGAAGAGGAAAAAACGGGUCCAUUUUCAUGGCUUUAUGCUAGAUGUGCAUAAAAGAAUACAUCGCCUUAAACAGAGCUUGCCAAAAAGGAAACCAGGAUUCGUGACCAAAUCAUAUGACCCAAUAGCUCCCAUAGCUGAAGAAAUCAGCCAAGAAGCAUGUCUCCUAUGUUUCGAUGAAUUUCAGGUCACUGACAUUGCUGAUGCCAUGAUUCUGAAACAGCUUUUUGAAAAUCUGUUCAAAAACGGGGUCGUCGUUGUGGCAACGUCCAACAGACCACCGGAAGACCUCUAUAAAAAUGGACUCCAAAGGGCUAACUUUGUACCAUUCAUCGCUGUCCUGAAGGAAUAUUGUCAUACUGUCCAGCUAGAUUCUGGAAUAGAUUACCGGAAAAGGGAACUCCCUGCUGCAGGAAAACUCUACUACCUCACAAGUGAAGCUGAUGUGGAGGCUGUCAUGGAUAAGUUGUUUGAUGAGCUGGCUCAGAAACAAAAUGAUUUAACUAGACCAAGGAUUCUAAAAGUGCAAGGCAGAGAGCUGCGGCUGAAUAAAGCCUGUGGAACCAUUGCCGACUGCACAUUUGAAGAGCUGUGUGAGAGACCACUCGGAGCCAGUGACUAUUUGGAACUGUCGAGGAAUUUUGAUACAGUAUUUUUACGGAACAUUCCACAAUUUACGUUGGCAAAGAGGACCCAAGCUCGAAGAUUCAUAACUCUCAUUGAUAAUUUUUAUGAUUUCAAGGUGCGUAUAAUUUGCUCUGCCUCAACUCCUAUAUCAAGCUUAUUUUUGCAUCAACAUCAUGACAGUGAAUUGGAGCAAAGCAGAAUACUGAUGGAUGAUUUGGGGCUGAGCCAGGACGCGGCUCAGGGGCUGUCCAUGUUCACCGGGGAAGAGGAGAUCUUCGCGUUCCAGCGCACCACCUCGCGGCUCACGGAGAUGCAGACCGAGCAGUACUGGAACGAAGGGGACAGAAGCCAGAAGUGACCGUCCUUUCCCACGAGGACUGUGCACAUGGCGACUGCAGGGAGAACUCUGCAGAACUGUGAGACUUGAAAGAAUCGUUUUCUCAUCGUCCGUUACGCACUUUGUCCUCUGGACCAUUCUAAUCUAAGAUUGCUGUCAAAGAUGCAGUGGAUUAGUAAGUUAAAGAUUUAAAACUUUUAUAGAUCUGCUUUUGCCUAUUUAUUUGGACUUCUUUCUGCACCACAAAAUUGAAUAUUGUAAUGAUUUGAUGAUUGAAAAUGAUUGUAAAAGCAGACAAUGCGCUUUACAGGAAACCCCCUGAGUGAACCUUGAAUGUACAAACACUAAAUCCCAGUCCUGAUGUCUCCA